GAACGACGAUGAAGGGGGAGAUAAGCAAGGUGCACAGCACAGCCCUGAAGGAGUGUCAGUGGAGAGCUGGUGGAAAGCUCAGUUGAAGAUGGUGUUGCUGACGAUGAUUGCCCGGGUCGCGGAUGGACUCCCGCUCGCCGCCUCCAUGCAGGAGGACGAACAGGGAGGAGAGCAGUCUGGACGGGACCUGCAGCAGUAUCAAAGCCAGGCCAAGCAGCUCUUCAGGAAGCUGAAUGAACAGUCGCCCCCGCGAUGCACGCUGGAGGCAGGGGCCAUGUCUUUCCACUACGUCAUCGAGAAGGGGGUGUGCUACCUGGUCCUGUGUGAGGCGGGGUUCCCCAAGAAGCUGGCGUUUGCCUACUUGGAAGAUUUACAAUCGGAGUUCGAUGAGCAGCAUGGGAAGAGAGUGCCCACAGUAUCCAGACCGUACUCCUUUAUUGAGUUCGACACAUACAUUCAGAAAACCAAGAAGUCGUACAUUGACAGCAGAGCCCGACGCAACCUGGGGAACAUCAACACAGAGCUGCAGGAUGUGCAGAGAAUCAUGGUGGCCAACAUUGAGGAGGUGCUGCAGAGAGGAGAGGCGCUGUCAGCUUUGGACUCCAAGGCCAGCAACCUGUCCAGCCUGUCGAAGAAAUACCGGAGUGACGCUAAGUACCUGAACACGCGCUCCACGUACGCCAAGCUGGCUGCCGUGGGGGUGUUCCUCGUCAUGCUCAUCGUCUACGUGAGGUUCUGGUGGCUCUGAGGGGAUUCGCUGAUCCCAAUCCUUUAUACCCAGGCUCGAAUUACUACAAAAAAUCUUUACACGUUCUGUGGUGUGUUUUAUUAAACCGCUGCACGCACCAUUCUCUUUCUGUUUAGUAAGAAAUAAGACUCCCAUUGCAUAGCACCCUGAGUCCACGUCUGGUUUUGCUCAGAGUUUAACAUCACACUGUGGCUGAUCAAGCUCGUAAUAACGCCUGGAAUGGGUGAAACUGCUCUGCAACAGGAGUUUUCUUUCCUUCCCUGGAAUGUGGGCGACAGUUUGUGUUAAUUAGACCAGACCCCAGGAUUCACUUUGUAGAAAGAGCUGCUCUUUGGAAAUGCGCUGUUUUGCAGAACGACCCGUUUGUUUGUCCGGCCGAAACAAACCCACAGCGGCCCGGGGGUUCGGUCUGUCAUGCAUCUUUUCAGAAGCUGCAUGGGUGUGCAGAAAGUGAUCUGUUUCUGUUUCCGUUGGACUGCACUGAGUGUGUGUGCAAACAAAAAGCUUCCGCAAAGUGGCUAGUGCCUCCGAGGACCCUGACCCACGCGCUGCCAGAGGUGUGCUCUGAGAUAUAGUGUGUGUGUGUGUGUGUGUGUGUGUGUCCUAU